AAGAAUUACUGUUCAUAAGUUUUCUUCACCCGAAUUUUGUUUCUUUUAAACAAAAAUUUAAUUUGCUUUUUCCCCCUCUUUAAUAAGUUUUCUUCACUUUCAUUCGAAACUUGGAUUAUCCAAAGGAAAACGAAAUAAAGGUUACAACUUCCCAGUGUUUCUCUUUAUGAGUUUCCAGUUUAGUUUGUGAAUAGAUUCAGAAACAUGGCGAGUGAUGAAAUGAUUAAGGUUGUCGGGGAUCGGUUCUGUGUCCCUUACACAAUGGAACUCCUCGUCAAGAAGAAAAUACAAUCAUUUUCCAAUUCACACUACGAUGUCUUCGAUACCACUGGAAAUAUUCUGCUACAAGUCGACGGCGGUAUUUGGAACUUGCAGAAGAAAAGGGUUAUGAAAGAUCCUGCAGGCUUACCUGUCGUCACUCUGCGGGAAAAGCAAGCAAUAUCGUGGAAACAGGAAUGGCAAAUGCAUGAAGGAGAAAGUAGGCAUUGUCUGUGCAGUGUGAAACGAUCGGGUGGUUUUAAUAUAAAAAGCAAUCUGGAUGUUCACUUAGCAAGCCCUUAUAAAGAUGCUGCCUGUGAUUUUCGUGUCACCGGAAGUCUUGCUUCCCUUUCUAUCAAAGUCCGGAGAGGCAAUUCUAUCAUUGCUGAGGUUACGCACAGUUACACAUGGGGAAGCUAUAAGGGCAAAGAAUGUUUCAAAAUAAAAGUUUAUCCAGAGGUGGACUAUGCUUUCAUUGUAGCUUUGCUGGUGAUUAUGCACGAAAACGACAACGCAUAAUCUUCCAUCCUCAGAUUUUCCUGUUUUAACUUUCUCUCUACCUUCUAUCAACUUUCUUUCUCUUGUUGUGUAAUUAUGCUCAUCAUCAUACCAUUAUAAAUAUUAGGUUAUGUUAGAUGAUUAUAGGUGAAUGGUAAAAAUAUGAAGUUAUAAAAUCACGAUCAUAAUACAAUCCAUUAUCA